AGUGGGUGGGAAGAGCCCCCAGGAGCUCAGUCCCGGGUUCCUGGAUCCGCUGUGACAGCAGCUGCAGGAAGCAGGCGGGCGCUGCCCGGGUCGUAGGCCUGUUCUCGGAGGGGAGAACGCUGGGCAUUUCCCCCACGUAACUCCCAUCUCUGGGCCUAGAGUCUGUGCAUGGCGAAGUCCCCGGGGAACUCUACCCUGGAGGAGAUUCUGGGGCAAUAUCAACGGAGUCUCCGGGAACGUGCCAAUAGAAGCAUUCACCAACUGACAUGUGUCCUGACAGAAGGUGAUGUCACUGUGAGAGAAGAUGCACCAGAUCCUUCUUUUAGCACCAGGGUGGGAAAUGAGGACGUUCAGACGGCCUGGCCUGAGCUGCAACUCAGCCCUGCUGUAAAUCAGCUUGAAGCUUUGUUGCGCCAACAAGCAACUAAGGAAAGUGAGGUAUCUCCAUCAAGAAGACGAAAAAUGUCCCCUUUGAGGUCAUUAGAAUAUGAUGGAAUCAAUGUGUCUACUCUGCACCACUUUGUUCCUAUUAUUAAUGACCAGUCUCAAUAUAUUCAUCAUUUAGAGGCAGAAGUCAAAUUCUGCAAGGAGGAACUCUCUGGAAUGAAAAAUAGAAUACAAGUAGUUGUGUUUGAAAAUGAAAGGCUCCAGCAAGAGCUGAAAUCUCAAAGACAAGAGGAGACAAUGAGGGAACAAACACUUCUGGAUGCAUCUGGAAAUAUGCAGAACUCUUGGAUUACAACAAGAGAAGAUUCUGGGGUGGAUGAAGCUGCCAAGAGACCAUUUUCCCAUGAAAAUGCAGAUAUUGGCAAAGUUGCAUCUGCUGGUGAGACUGAAAAAUGGACAUUAGGACUAGAGAAGCUUAAACUUAUUUACGAGGAAAAGACUGAAAUUCUGGAAUCCCAAGUGACGUUUUUUAGGAAAGAAUUAGCUGAAUAUCAGAAAAAUUGUGACGAUCUUAAAGAGCAACUAAAUCAUAAACAGUCUCUUCUGGCUGCUAAUAUUUCUAACCGUGUUGGUGGUCUUUGUUUGAAAUGUGCUCAGCAUGAAGCUGUUCUUUCUCAAACUCAUAAUAACGUUCACAUGCAGACCAUCGAAAGACUAAGUAAAGAAAGAGAUGACUUGAUGUCUGUACUAGUUUCUGUAAGGAGCAGCUUGGCAGAUGUGCAGCAGAGAGAAGCAAGUGCUUAUGAACAGGUGAAACAGGCUGUACAAAUGACUGAGGAAGCCAAUUUUGAAAAAACCAAGGCUUUAAUUCAAUGUGAGCAGUUGAAGAAUGAGCUGGAACGGCAGGCAGAGCGACUUGAAAAAGAACUCGCCUCUCAGCAAGAGAAAAGGGCCUUUGAGAAAGAGAUGAUGAAAAAAGAAGUAACAAAAGAAAGGGAGGACAUGAAAUCAAAGAUGUUAAUCCUGUCUCAGACUAUUGCCCAACUGGAGGCCCAGGUGGAAAAGGUUACAAGGGAGAAGACUUCAGCCAUUAAUCAACUAGAGGACAUUCAAAACCAGCUUACUUCUCAGGAGAUGGAUAUCACAAAGGUGUGUGGAGAACUACGCUACCAGCUGAAUAAAACCAAAAUGGAGAAGGAUGAGGCAGAAAAGGAGCACAGGGAGUACAGAACAAAAACUAACAGGGAUCUUGAAAUUAAAGAUCAGGAAAUAGAGAAAUUGAGAAUAGAACUGAGUGAAAGCAAGCAGCACUUGGAACAGGAGCAGCAGAAGGCAGCCCGGGCCAGAGAGGAGUGCCUGAAACUAACAGAACUGCUGGGUGAAUCCGAGCACCAACUGCACCUCACCAGACUGGAAAAAGACAGCAUUCAGCAGAGCUUUAGCAACGAAGCAAAGGCCCAAGCCCUUCAGGCCCAGCAAAGAGAGCAGGAGCUGACACAGAAGAUACAGCAAAUGGAGGCCCAGCAUGACAAAACUGAAAAUGAACAGUAUUCGUUGCUGACCUCCCAGAAUACAUUUUUGACAAAGUUAAAGGAAGAAUGCUGUACAUUAGCCAAGAAGCUGGAACAAAUCUCACAAAAAAGCAGAUCUGAAAUAGCUCAGCUCAGUCAAGAAAAAAGGUACACCUAUGACAAACUGGAAAAGUUACAGAGAAGAAAUGAUGAGUUAGAGGAACAAUGUAUCCAGCAUGGGAGAGUGCAUGAGAUAAUGAAGCAAAGACUCAGGCAGCUGGAUAAGCACAGCCAGGCCACGGCCCAGCAGCUGGUGCAGCUCCUCAACAAACAGAACCAGCUUCUCCUGGAGAGACAGAACCUAUCGGAGGAGGUGGAUCGUCUGCGAACCCAGUUACCCAGCAUGCCACAAUCUGAUUGCUGACCUGGAUGGAACAGAGUGAAGUAAAUGAUUUACAAAGAGAUAUUUACAUUCAUCUGAUUGACACUUGAUAUGCCACAAUGCACCGCGACCUUCGCAGGGUGACACCACCUAAGACUGGGGCUGGUCCUCACCUCCACACUUGCUGUUCUGCACGAUGGCUGGUGCAGCCAACACAAGACGAGGAGGGCUCCUGGUGGGCGUCUUCGAAAUGGCUUGCAGUUAUGUUUUUAAAUCUGCUCAUUUGUGUGCUAGGUCAUACAUGUGCAUUUCAGUAAACGGACUGUUUCCAGACCUGAACUGCAGGUUUCCCUUCUCCUUGUAGUGCCGAACGAGCACACUAGAAAGGCACAUAUUUCACGAAGCCAGAGUGUACGGAGGAGCACCCUGUGUCCCGCCACUCGGCUGCUCUUUCCGUGACCGCCCUCUCGCCCCUCGUCCUCACUUGCCUUUAAUCAACAUCCAUCCCACAAGACUCCAUCAUUACUUAUCAGCUCAUUAGUUUGUGCACCAUCAGGAGACACCAGGAAGCACUAUGCAUUAUUCUUUCCAUCCUGUUAAACAACGAAGCAGACGAAAAAGCAUCUUUGGCUCAGUGGUGUCAGAUUUUUUUCUUCAAUACGCAGUAUGUGAGAGGAGCCUAAAAACGUACUUAGUGAAAUUAGAAAAUUUACUUAGAGUAUAUCAAAUAUCUGUACACAGAUCAUUAUUUUAGUCUAAAAUAGUAUUUCUACUAUACACAGUUAAGCCCUCGAGUGCUUUAAAGGAACAACAGUGGACACUGCGAGUUGUGUGUUGUACGUGGGGGUGACGACGAAGCACUGAAGGCAAGGCAAGGCUGGGACACGUCCCCGGCCUCAGGCCGUCCUCCCGCCAGCGAUCCGUCGCCGUCGUCUCAGCACAGACCUGAUGUUCGCCAUGUUCGGCCUUGCCUCUCAAAAUCGAUGUGGAGUAGGCUUUGGAGGCGGCGGCGUGACACACACAGAGACCGUCCGAGUCUCUCGAGCAUGCAAAAGAUGCAAGCCUCAAACAGCAGAACUUCUAUUCAGAUUCAGAAGUUUCUGAUUUCAUCAAAUGUGCUAGACAUAAAGGCUGUCACAUAAGAUAUUUUAAUUGCCCUCAACUCUGUUUUAGGUAUACUGUGAAUAAAUUAUACAAUAUUCUAAAAAUA